GCUGUUUGGAUAAAAUGCGCUGGGAGCGUUCUAGGCUCCUCAGCAGCUCACAUCUGGCCGGGGUUUGCUCUUUACGUGUUUGUCCCGCUUUCUUCCUCUCUUCCUUUACUUUUGAGAAACCACGUUUCCGCUCCGGCCAAAGAGACCUUGGAGCCAGCCGGGGUGACCAAGGUGCUGGGACAGGGCUGCGGUCCUCGCACCCCGCCCCCGCCCCUUCCGAGCCCUCUUCCCGGGAGCGUUUUCCCUGCCUUGUUUCCUUGACAAGUCUGUAGAGGCUCCCCACCCCUCCGACCUGGUGGGGAGGAGGCCCGGCCGCCUGGAGAUGGAGUAACGGGCUCUGGGGGAGCAGGGAGAAGACGAGACUGGUGCAGCUGGCUCGGCCCUGAAGGAGGUGCAUCUGCUUGGCCAAGGUGUGGUGGCCACUGAGAGGAGGGAGAUGAUUUAAAACAGCAGAAUUCUCGGUCUCUCCUCUCCUCACCAUUUCUCCUUGAAGCAGACCCGAUUCCAAUGCAGGGAGAAGAAAGCUCUGCUCAUGUUCUAGCAAGUCACCCUGGAAGAACCUGCCUUCUGCAUCCCCGGACUCACUUGGGUUUGGAGGGCACAGUGAGAAGAUGGGCUCCCGAGGACAGAGACUUGUGCUGGGAUGCUGCUUGCUGUUGGCCUUUGCUUGGGGCCUAGUGCUGAGCCAUGUCCCACGAGGACAGCGGGAACAGCAGGAGCAGGAGGGGACCCAGAAGCCGCCUCCCCUGAUGGACCAUGCUGAGAGGGACGAAGACAAACACGAGAAGUACAGCACCAGCCUGGGUGAGGAGCUCCCGGCUUCCCAGUGCUUUCGUUGCUGUGACCCUGGGACCCCUGUGUACCAGGGGAUCCCCGUGCCCCAGAUCAACAUCACAAUCUUGAAAGGUGAGAAGGGUGACCGAGGAGACCGCGGGCUUCAAGGGAAAUACGGCAAGACAGGCUCUGUAGGUGCCCGGGGUCACAUUGGACCCAAAGGGCAGAAGGGGUCCAUGGGGGCCCCUGGGGACCGGUGCAAGAACUAUUACGCAGCCUUCUCCGUGGGCCGGAAGAAGCCCCUUCAUAGCAAUGACUACUAUCAGACCGUGGUCUUUGACACAGAGUUCGUGAACCUCUACGGCCACUUUAACAUGUUCACGGGCAGAUUCUACUGCUAUGUGCCUGGCAUCUACUUCUUCAGCCUCAAUGUGCACACGUGGAACCAGAAGGAGACCUACCUGCACAUCAUGAGGAACGCGGAGGAGGUGGUGAUCCUGUACGCCCAGGUGAGUGACCGCAGCAUCAUGCAGAGCCAGAGCCUGAUGCUGGAGCUGCAGGAGCAGGACGAGGUGUGGGUGCGCCUGUUCAAGGGUGAGCGCGAGAAUGCCAUCUUCAGCGACGAGUUCGACACGUACAUCACCUUCAGCGGUUACCUGGUCAAGCACGCCGCCGAGCCCUAGUGGUGCCACCGCUGCAUGCCCAAGACUGCCGGUUUCUUCUCGCCCCCUGCCCACACCUGCAUCCCGCAGACCCAGGGGUCCAGUGCCAGGCUGACCUCAUCACCUUGUUCUCUAGUCAGGCUUCUUUGCCCUCUGCGUCCCCAGCUUUGGCAUCAAUGAGACACCGUUGGUGGGUCGGAAGUCAAGAUGGCCUGUGGGCCCCGCUCUGGCCACCAUGGUCAGCAGAGAAUUGCCGGCAGAUGAGCACAGGACAGGGGGACCUCGGGCUCCCCUGUGUGAACGCAGCUGUAAGUGACCUGGCCUUGCACUGUGCACAGCCUGGGUCUCCGCUCCCGCUCCUGGAAGUAAUGAAGCAAAUGCUAAGGUUCCAAAGGGGUGAAGUCAACCCUGGAGGGAAAAUGUUGUUAUCCUUGCUUCUCCAGUCCUUGGCUCUCUUAGGGAGCAUGUUUUCAUGGGAGGUCACCGGAGACACCACGGAAGAACAGAUUUAAACAUGGGUGCCAAAGGGGGAGCUGGGUUACCAGGGGUCCAGGAGACCACAUGUGGCUUAAUUAUAUUAGACCACGUAUGAACCUUCUUGGGAGACAGCUGGACUGAUGUCCCUAUCUCACUGAUGUCACUGUGACCUGAAGAGAGGACUUGGAGCCAGGACAAUGAGAGUGCUGGAGCUUAGAGUGUCUGCUCCCCAGAGGGACAGACACACCCUCUGCCCUGGGCUGCAGAUUGGCAGAAGCAGCCUGCAUGCUUCAGCUUAUGGACUGACAGUGGCUGGGGACCUCAGGGACCCCUAGGCCUGCAGAUGGCUCUAUGGGGAGCCAAGCUCCUGGUGCAUCCAAACACCGUCCUGCUCCCCCAGACGAGCUUGGAGCCCUGGGUAGGAUCUCCAUGCCAGGAGCUCAGGCUUCAGCUUCCUGUUCCUCCUCCCUUUUGUGGACUGGCCACAAAAGCACCGUGGCCUCUGACUCUGUUUCUACCGACACACCUCACAGCACCUCAGUUGUGUCUCCUCCGGGCUCAGCAUCUCCACUUCAGCUUCUUCACCAAACACCAGGGUCUUCACCCAGCCCUGCAGUCAGGAGAGGCUUUUUCUGGGCUCCAGGACAGUGCUGGAAAGUCCCCACCACACAUCUUUCCCAGGCUCUUACUGGGGCAGUCCUGGGACCAGGACAAAAGAAGAAACAGAUAUCUGGCACUGGGCUUCCACUCUGUCUCUGAAGGGUAGAUCGGCAGAAGAGGCAGGUGCUCCGAGGUGAUUCCAGGUCUGCCUGGAGCAGCGUCCUGUUCCCUGAUCUCCAGCAAUGGCCAGAUUUCCGGAAUCUUACUGCACAUUGGGGUUCAGGGUCCCAAGUUGCUCUGCCCACCAGCUCUGGCCCUUGGUCCUUGCCUCUCCAGUAUGGCCCUUCCUCUCUGUUGUCCCGAGAUCCUUGGUUUUGGCCCAUGCUUCCUCCCUCUGGGGCUUGGCUGCUGGGUUGCAGGGUCCAAAGAGCCGCCCCUUGAAGACCCUCUGCUGGUCAGACUGUACAAGCCGUGUUUCUGCGCAAUCAUUGCUUGUGCCCCACACCGCUCUCUCCAGGAAACAUUAAACUUGGAAUCAUGAUUUGAGCA